AUGGCCCACAGAGGACAAAAAGACAGAACCCACCCAGUCAAGUCCUUCACUACGGCUAAGCUAAGUCAGGCUUGGUAUGGGGCGGAGGGUUCAGACCGCCCCUCAACCGGGCGCACAUUUACCAUUAAUGGAAGCGACAGGGCUCUGCAAGACCUGGUAGAGGCUCUCGGGUACGAUUUCAGCCGCGACAGAGAACUUGCAAGUCCGUAUAUUGCCAGUAUCCUGUCUCAUUGGCCCGGCAGGGAACCUCGGAUGGCCUACGUCGAUUUGCUCGUUCAAGUUAUCAAGCUAUUCAGUGGGACGUCGGGGGUUGGAGGCGGGAACACAGUGUCAGUUCAGGAGUGUAUCGACCAUUUCAUUGAUUCCGACCACGAGUAUUUCAAGGAUGGCCUUCCGGCUGGCCAAGUGCGGACGAGAACGGUCACUAGCAGCAUUCUGAUAGUUCUAGGAUCCUGGACGCUCAUGCCACGGUACUUUACGCCUUUGCCGCGCGGGGAUCAACACCGCCAUAUCGUGUCAGCUUAUUGCAAGUCGAGAAACAUCAAUUAUGAUGAGAGCAUUGCAUUUAAACUACCUUUACCGCGUCUGAUGGAGGAGAGCUGUUUGCUUCCCAACCCUUCAGAGAGUGGCCCUCUUGUUAGGCCUUUUAUUGCUCCCGCCUCACACGAGGUCCAAGAGUUUGAACUACACCGGAUGGAUGAAAUCGAGUCUUUAUCUAUUGAUGCUCGUGACCUCAACUUAUACAAGCUAGUUGCUCUCGGUGGCGUUCGCAUCAAGUGGACCGAUGACAUCUGCAGGCAUCUUCUUCUCGUUAACCAAGGCGGCUUAACUUAUCUAGAGAUAUUCGCAAUCCCUUGUGCGAUCCAUGGCGGCGCGGAGUACGUUCUUGAGAAGGGCGGAAUACCUGCCGAGCUUGUGCAAGAUAUCAAAGCCUCCUAUGCCAACCUAUUCAACCCCGUCCGAUUAUCUCGAAUACACCGCAUCAUGAAGCCCAUUCUAGCGAUGGGUUAUUGGUGUUGGUGUCUCAGUUGCUCGUCUCGGAGACUGAAGACGCGCGAAUUUCGCAAGCUGCAAGCCAAUCACAUUGAUUCAUCGAGUCCGCGCAACCGCGCCAGCACACCACCUUAUGACCCGUUGUUAAGCAUUUUGGCAGAGGCGAAGGCUGUGCCAUGGGAUCCCACGGAGUUCCCAAACUUGUGGCCCCGGCUAUUAUCUCUCCACGAGCAUAUGAACCGGUCGCGGCCAUGGAACUUCUGGGUCCUUUUUCGAGAUAACCGAGACACUUUGCAGUACUGGACGUUCCUCUUCGGAACGCUGAUUUUGAUACUCACCAUACUCCAGGUAUUUCUGAGUAUUGCACAAGUUGUAGGGUCUUUCAAAGGAGACUAA